UAGGCGGAGCUCCACCGAGCCAUACCCUAGUCCCUCGCCGGCGUUUUACUUCCACGCUGAUCGGAGAAAGGCUUCUCUCUCUCUCUCUCUUUCUCUCCAUUACAUGAGGAAGACGAGGCGUGGAUCGGCCGACGCCGACUGCAGCGGAGAUGAUCUCCGACAUUGCCAGAACAGAGUCCGCGAGCUCGAACUGGAAAAUGAAUCCUAUCAGAAGGAGAUUGAAGAGCUUAGGUAUAAGCUUGCAAAUUCUUCAUCCACUCCUACUGAUAGUUCCCAGAAGCUCAAAGAAGAGUAUCUUCAAAAGCUGACUGUCCUUGAAGACCAGGUUGCGGAUUUGAAGAAUAAGCUUGAAAUUAAGUCUCAAUUCUCCGUGCAAAGACCCAGAGGUGAUGAAGCAACAAAACAGUUGCAAUAUGAGAUUCAGAGUUUGAAGACUCAAAAG